CAAAAACGCAAGAAGUAGGUUGGCGCUCCACAGCACACUACGCUUUGGACAAUUUUGUCUAGUGAUAGUGACAGUGAACGGUGCGAUCUUCAUUUAUUUUUUGCGAUCGUAGCUCUUCCGAUGAAAGGAAAUGAAACAAAACACUUACGGACCGGCACGUGACCAAUCACAGUGAACUACAUAAAGUACAUAAAAAAAUAUAUAGAUAGUGAAUGUGUUGUGUUUAUUUAUAGCAACAAUAUUAAAAGGAAAAAUGAAUUGUUUUAGUGUAUUGACAUUAUUGUCGUGCUGCGUGGUCAAAUGUAUGGCGACGUGCUCGCACCUCUACGGACACGAACCUUGCAAAACUUUUGUACCCGCGCCCCCCGGACAGACGCCGCCCUGUGCCAGGCCCGGACAGACUUUUUGCGAGUUUCCCGAUCAGUAUCCAGGCCAAUUAAUAAAUUACCUAAUCCAAAAAUGGCGAUUCGAUCACAACACAAUUUUGAGCGACGAAUCAAAGGAAGAAUUUUCAUCGUAUUUUUUACCGCCAAAUCCGAAACCUGAAUACGGACCUCCGGGGUUCCAAAGUUUCGGGCCAAAAGGGAAUGAUUACCUUCCUGAGCCGAUCUACAUUCCAAAACCGCAGCAACCACUAAACGCCGGGUUUUUCCCAGAAAGAAAUAACCUGGUCUACCAGGAACAGGUGAGGAAUGGGCAGUUUUACACCUACAAAUACCCACAGAAUUUUCCGCAAGUUAACAGGCCAACCUACAACAGUUAUUACUAUGACGUUCCUCAUCAAGGGCAGGGGCAGUACAAUAAUAGACUUUGGAAAAGAAGGACCGAUACAAGGCAAAAACGUUCACUUAAAUUCAAAAGAUCGCGGCAAAUUGUCGACCACAAAUUCAACAUUUUAUCAUCGAAUGCGACUUUAAACCACGAAAGACAGAAAAGACAGGCAACAAUAAAUGCAGAGCCCCUUUGUAGUUCCACAUCGAGGUUUAUAAUGCCGAGGGCGGCCUUGAACAACAAGGGCAACUGGAUGUAUGUCGUGAAUAUGCCAGAGGUGGAUGGCAAAUACACGCAGUUGGUCAAGAGUGAGACCUGUCUAUCCCAAACAUGCAGUUCCUUGUGCGGGCUUCCGCAAGGAUAUUCUUCGCGGUGCGAGCAAAAGUACGUCCAAAAAAGGUUGGUAGCAUUGGAGGGUACAGGCGAUAAACUUUACAACGACGUUUUCUGGUUCCCUAGUUGUUGUGUAUGUACUCUUUCAAAUAGUUAAUUUAUUUGCUACAUUUAAAUUAAAUAAAAUACAGUGGUUAACAUAAACUUCCCAUGAUUUUAAUGAAUUAUUAUUGUAACGUCAU